AGCACACCUCCAACUUCUACGUCCACCCUCGCCCUUUCUACCCGGAUCGCUAAUUCGACAAUGGCAUCCCCUCGAGCGUACCCCAGGGGGAGGGGAUUCCUGCCCUCCAAAGCUUCCGUUAUGAGAGUCUUGACGAUGACUCAAAAUACUUCGGCGCUGGUGUUUACGGUGUUUCUAGUACCCCAUCUGGCGAGCCCCGUCAUGGCUGCCAUCGGCGGACUGGAUGGUGCCGAGAAGACUAUGAUGAUAGCCCGGGAUCUGUAUCUUCCACUCGAACCGGUCCUAGUGUACAUCCCCCUCGCGAUCCACCUCACAUCAUCCCUCACCAAACGCCUCGUACUAUCCACCAACCCCUCCCUCCCCCUCUCCAUUCGUCUCCCCCGUCAAAUGCACCAACUCCUAGCUUACCCCCUUCUCCUCCUCCUCAUCCCCCACAUCCUCACCCACCGCCUCAUCCCCUCCUCCUUCGCCCCGCCCAUCAGGGAGCUGUCACCGAGCGAGCUUGGGUGGGAGUUUGUAGGGUAUGGGCUGGGGGAUUGGCUGACGUGGGUGGGGUAUCUGGGGUUGGUUGGUGCGGGGGUGUGGCAUGCGGCUGUUGGGAGUAUGAAAGUGGCGGCUUGGUUGCGGACGCUUCGGCGACGGCCUUCCACUCGUACCACUCAAACUAAACCCACUGUAUCUACUGGUUCUGCUCCUGCAGCUACGAAUGAGCAAUCAAAAAAGAGGGUAGUACCGAGAAAACGAAAACUCGGCCUUCGAGGCGUCAUCAUCUGCUUCUUGGGUGUUGUCGCCUUUGGGCUGUGGAGGGUCAAGAUCGAUACAGGUGUAGUGAGCCCGGUGAUGAGGCGUAGGUAUGAUGCUGUCUUUGACCGAGCACCCUGGGCGUGGGCAAGCCGUUUGCUGCUGCGCUAGAGCGGUUGAGGCAUGAGAGUGGUCCAUCACUGUUGUAUAGCAUUUUCGUAGCAUUCAGAUCGCCUGUGGAUCUGACUUGUAACUACUAUGACCUCUGCAUAUCAUGUCUGCAUGCUGCCACCGUAUGGCUGCACUGCGAGUCCCGAGAGAAGGUGGACAGCAUAGAGCCAU